AUGCGUCCAGCUUGCUUACCAAGUACAGAAAACCACGGAAACCUCUGAACAUUCGUGUGAUAUUUGUCGAAGUAGGGAAACGAAAACCAGUGAAGCAUCGCAAAUUUAGCUAGAUUUUCUUUAUUUAUUCAUUGUGACCCAGGUGGACAACCAUGGCAUCGGGAGGAGAAUCAAAGAAUGAUGACUUAGCUACUGCUAUUCUGAAACAGAAGAACAGGCCCAACAGACUGAUUGUGGAUGAAUCCAUCAAUGAAGACAACAGUGUGGUCUCACUCUCUCAGACCAAGAUGGAUGAGCUGCAGCUCUUCCGUGGAGACACAGUGCUAAUGAAGGGCAAGAAAAGACGUGAGACUGUGUGCAUCGUGCUUUCUGAUGACACCUGCUCUGAUGAGAAGGUUCGGAUGAACAGGGUGGUCCGCAACAACCUGAGAGUCCGACUGGGCGAUGUCAUCAGCAUUCAGCCCUGUCCUGAUGUGAAGUAUGGCAAGAGGAUCCACGUCCUUCCAAUAGAUGACACAGUAGAGGGGAUCACUGGAAACUUGUUUGAGGUUUAUCUCAAGCCAUACUUCCUAGAGGCUUACAGGCCAAUCCGCAAAGGUGAUAUUUUCCUGGUCAGAGGGGGCAUGCGUGCUGUGGAAUUCAAGGUGGUGGAGACUGAUCCUUCUCCGUACUGCAUUGUUGCUCCUGACACUGUUAUUCACUGCGAGGGAGAGCCAAUCAGGAGAGAGGAUGAAGAGGAAUCUCUGAAUGAGGUUGGCUAUGAUGAUAUUGGUGGAGUGAGGAAGCAGCUCGCUCAAAUCAAAGAGAUGGUGGAGCUGCCUCUGAGGCACCCUGCACUCUUUAAGGCCAUAGGUGUCAAGCCCCCACGUGGAAUCCUUCUGUAUGGACCCCCUGGAACUGGAAAGACCUUGAUUGCAAGGGCUGUGGCCAAUGAAACUGGAGCUUUCUUCUUUCUCAUUAAUGGCCCUGAAAUAAUGAGCAAGCUGGCCGGAGAGAGUGAGAGUAACUUGAGGAAGGCAUUUGAGGAAGCGGAGAAAAAUGCUCCUGCCAUCAUCUUCAUCGAUGAGCUAGAUGCCAUUGCUCCAAAGAGAGAGAAGACUCAUGGAGAGGUGGAGAGGCGCAUUGUUUCCCAGCUGCUGACUCUGAUGGAUGGCCUCAAACAGAGAGCUCACGUCAUUGUAAUGGCGGCCACCAACAGACCCAACAGCAUAGAUCCAGCUCUGAGGCGAUUUGGCCGCUUUGAUCGAGAAGUGGACAUUGGCAUUCCUGAUGCCACUGGCAGACUGGAGAUUCUCCAAAUUCACACCAAAAACAUGAAGCUGGCUGAUGACGUUGACUUGGAGCAGGUUGCCAAUGAGACCCAUGGUCACGUGGGUGCAGAUCUGGCUGCUCUGUGCUCUGAGGCGGCCCUGCAGGCCAUUAGGAAGAAGAUGGACCUGAUUGACCUGGAGGAUGAGACUAUUGAUGCUGAAGUCAUGAACUCUCUCGCUGUCACAAUGGAUGACUUCAAGUGGGCUCUGAGCCAGAGCAACCCAUCAGCCCUCAGAGAGACUGUUGUUGAGGUUCCCAACAUUACCUGGGAGGAUAUUGGUGGUUUGGAAGAUGUCAAAAGGGAGCUGCAGGAGUUGGUGCAGUACCCAGUGGAGCACCCAGACAAGUUCCUCAAGUUUGGCAUGACCCCAUCCAAAGGUGUGCUCUUCUAUGGGCCCCCGGGUUGUGGUAAGACUCUGCUGGCCAAAGCCAUCGCCAAUGAGUGCCAGGCAAAUUUCAUCUCUAUUAAGGGACCCGAGCUGCUCACCAUGUGGUUUGGAGAGUCUGAGGCGAACGUCAGAGAGAUUUUUGACAAGGCUCGUCAAGCAGCCCCGUGCGUCCUCUUCUUUGACGAGCUGGACUCCAUAGCUAAGGCCCGUGGUGGCAAUGUGGGAGACGGUGGCGGCGCAGCUGACCGAGUCAUCAACCAGAUUCUGACCGAGAUGGACGGCAUGUCCAGCAAGAAGAACGUCUUCAUUAUUGGCGCCACAAACAGGCCAGACAUCAUCGACCCCGCCAUUCUGAGACCCGGCCGUCUGGAUCAGCUUAUUUACAUCCCCCUGCCCGACGAGAAGAGCCGAAUGAGUAUCCUGAAGGCCAACCUGCGCAAGAGUCCCAUCAGCAAGGAUGUGGACCUUGACUUCUUGGCCAAGAUGACCAAUGGCUUCUCUGGAGCUGACCUCACAGAGAUCUGCCAGCGAGCGUGUAAACUGGCCAUCAGGGAGAGCAUCGAGAAUGAGAUCCGCAGAGAGAGGGAGAGGCAGACCAACCCCUCAGCUAUGGAGGUGGAAGAGGAUGAUCCUGUGCCUGAGAUUAGGAAGGACCACUUUGAAGAGGCCAUGCGAUUUGCCCGUCGCUCCGUCAGUGACAAUGACAUUCGCAAAUACGAGAUGUUUGCACAGACGCUGCAGCAGAGCCGUGGCUUCGGCAGCUUCAGGUUCCCCACCAGUACAACAGGUGGUAGCGGUCCAAGCCACGGCUCAGGAGGAGGUGGCACUGGUCCUGUUUUCAAUGAAGAUAACGACGACGACCUUUAUGGAUAAACCUACACACUGCCCCACAGCGGUCAGCACAGGGAUGACACCUGUGCAAAUUCUCACCAGAUUCCACCUUUUUAGGACUUUGUGCUUCUUUCUUGUGUUCCUGUUUUUUUUUUUUGUUUUUUUGUAUGAUUUUUUUUCCCUCGGAGACAGCAUGUAGCCACUUGGUUUGCCCUCGCUUUGUGGUGGGAGGGGAAAAGGAGAUAUUUGCAAAUGGAAGGUGAGUAACCAAGCUUUUCCAGUGGGUGUGGGGAGUUUGAGUGGCCUCGUUUUCAGUAUAUGAUGGAUACAUUUUAGUGGCGGGAUUCUACGCUAGAACCUGAGAAAUGGAGAAAAAAAACAUUGCUAAAUUCCUUUUUUUUUUAAUAAAACAGUAGCAUAUAAUGUAUUACAAAUUUGUCAAGGUUAUGUUGUUGAAAAUAAAAUUUCACAAAGUGUUAA